AUGUCGCGCACAAGUCGCCUUUCCACUACGCCUAUGGACUUUGAGUGGACCAACCAAACGGGUCCUAUUGACGCACAAUCGCCUUUCGUUCUAGCAAGUCAGCAGCAGCAGCAGCAGCAACAACAACAACAGCAACAGAAGAAGCGCCCGCACUCAGUCCUAGAAUCUCCGUCCAAGAACGGAUUUGCGACGCCGACUCGGUUGCGCGAUCCCGAUAACCGCAUGACAUAUUUCAACCGCGACCCCAGCAAACCACUACCCUCAACACCCGCAUCUUCGGUGCCGGCGCGUAUACAACAGAGCCCUUGGUCGAUGCGAACGCCCUCACACGACCUCGACUUUAGUUCUGGCGGAGAGACUCCAGGCACCCCGCAUAUGGACAGUGAUAUUGGCACUCCAGACACACAAUUGGUGACCAGGAUGGGACGAUUAGGCAACGGCGAGGCGGACAAGAAGCCUGCUCGUAGGGACAGCUGGUUCAAGCGCGCAUUUGCGAGCACUCCUAGUCCCACAAAGGACCGGGACAAGGAGUCACCGCAAAAGCCCUACUCCAAGAAGGCUGAGAACCGCAUAGUCAAGCGCCGGUCCGAGCGAUCACAAUCCAAAAAGCGUGUCCAAAUUCGCGAAGAUGGCGAAGAUUCCGACAAUGAACUCGCCCGCCGUCCGUCCGUGCCGACAAAAGAGGCGGGGCCCGUCCAAUCCACAUUCACUAUGAACCUGGCCGGCUUCCUCUCGUGGGUGGAAGCCCAUCCGAACCUCCCUGUGGUGAUAACAUGGUACCUCCAGUUGACUGUUAAUACGUUCCUUGGAGGCUUUUUUGUCUUCCUCGUCUACCGCGCAUGGGCUGGCGUCAUGACAGAUGUUGAAAUUGAAUCCUCAAAACAUGCGUCCGAGGUCAUGGUCGAAAUCGCCGCAUGCGCCUUGGAAUACAACCGCAACCGUUGCCGGCCGGAAGACGUCGUUCCGGCCAUGGAGAAGGCAUGCGGUAUCUGGGAGACUUGCAUGAACCGCGAUCCCAAAAAGGUUGCGCGCGCGACCGUCACGGCCAAGACAUUCGCCAUGAUUUGCAACAGCUUUUUCGAGGAGGUUAGCUACAAGUCCAUGAUCUUUACCGCAAUUGUCAUCUUCGGCGGCUUCAACCUCUCAAACUGGGCUUUCGGCCUCCUCCGCUCCCAACAACAACAGCAGCAGUCCCAACACCACCAACAGCAUCAACAGCAUCAACAGCACGACUUCCAGCCUCAAACCCCUCAACAUAGAGUCGCCAGCAACAGCUACCAAGAUAAUUACCAACAAAAUGCAAACUACCAGGCGUACCAGCAAAACUGGCAGCAGUUGCCCCAGUAUCCUCAACAACAGCAGUACACACCAUACCAGCAGCAUCAGCAUCGCGAUCAAACCCCGUAUCCACAACAGAGACACAUCGACGCUCCGCCACUGGUGCACGCGAAUACUAUGCCUACGCUGUCUAGUAGUUCUACAGCGCAGGACGGUGUGGAUGUAGGCAAGUCGAGGAAGAGGGGAUUAUUUCGAUAG